GACGUUAAUUUAUAUAUGGAUACGGUAUACAUUUACUCACACUCAGUUGUGUAGUAUUGUGGUGGAACGGUGGAAGUUGUUUGUGUGAAUGUACAGUAAGUUUUGCGCUUUUGCGCGAGUUCAGUUUUCAGUUGUGAUUUUCAUAAACGUCCAUCACGUCCGCCCUGUUGGGUUAAUUAUUUAAAAAUGUAAAUAUUCAUUUAACUCAUACGUUUAAGUGAUCACAGUGCUAGUUAUAAUUAUAUUAAACAUUAUUUACUGUAUUAACAAUUAAGUUAAUUAAUAUUAUCGGUGGUAAAAUGUCUGAAUUAAGACAGAGAACGAUUGGAGAAUCAUCAGCGGGCGUUGUACGAGAUCCCAGUGAAGAUCAGCGAGAAGACAUUGAGUCUGAAGAUGACGCAAAACUGGAAGUUGAUGAAUUGGCUAAAACCCUACCACAGGGUACUGAUCAUACCCCGGGUAUCCUUGAAUCUGUUGUUUCUGGCUUACCCGACCGCUGGAAAAAUUGGGUAAUCAGGGGUAUUUUCACAUGGUUAAUGAUUGCUGGUUUUUGUUUAAUUAUUUAUGGUGGGCCAUUAGCUCUGAUGGUCACAACUUUAGUUGUUCAAGUUAAAUGUUUUGCUGAAAUAAUAAAUAUUGGUUACGCUGUAUACAGAAUUCAUGGUUUACCUUGGUUUAGAUCAUUGUCUUGGUAUUUUUUGAUAACGUCAAAUUACUUUUUUUAUGGUGAAAAUUUAAUGGAUUACUUUGCAGUGGUGAUAAAUCGAACGGAUUAUUUAAGAGUUCUUGUAACUUACCAUCGUUUUAUAUCAUUCUGUUUAUAUAUUGUUGGAUUUGUUUGGUUCGUUUUAUCACUAGUAAAGAAAUAUUACAUGAAACAAUUUUCAUUAUUUGCUUGGACACACGUGGCUCUUCUUAUCGUUGUCACACAAAGCUAUCUAAUUAUUCAAAAUAUAUUUGAAGGCUUGAUAUGGUUUAUCGUUCCAGUAAGUAUGAUUGUAAUAAAUGAUGUUAUGGCAUAUGUUUUUGGAUUCUUUUUUGGUCGCACUCCAUUAAUUAAAUUGUCACCGAAAAAAACAUGGGAAGGAUUUAUAGGGGGUGGUAUUUCAACAGUUAUAUUCGGAUUAAUGAUGUCAUACGUUAUGUGCCAAUAUCGUUAUUUCGUAUGCCCCAUUGAGUAUAGUGAAUCUUUGGGGCGAAUGACUAUGGACUGCGAACCUUCGAGUCUGUUUAGGCCCCAAGAAUAUGUACUUCCACAGAGCUUACAAGCUAUAACUAAAAUGCUUAAUCUCAAGUCUAGUGUAACUCUGUAUCCUUUUAUGCUACACUCUCUCUCGAUGUCAGUAUUUAGUUCAGUCAUAGGACCCUUUGGAGGUUUCUUUGCCAGUGGAUUUAAACGUGCAUUCAAAAUUAAGGACUUUGGUGAUGUGAUUCCUGGUCAUGGCGGUAUAAUGGAUCGUUUUGACUGUCAGUACCUGAUGGCAACUUUUGUCAAUGUCUAUAUUUCUUCAUUUAUUCAUACUGCAUCGCCACAAAAAUUAUUGCAGCUUGUUUAUAAUUUAAAACCAGAACAACAGUUACAAUUGUUUACGGCAUUACGAGAUUCUCUGGAACACAGAGGACUUCUUAAUGCUUCUGAAGGUUAAAAUAAUAAUAAUUAUCAUUAUAAUCAUUAAUUUUAGUACUAUAAAUUUUUUAACUUUGAGAAGCAUUUAUGUGCAAUCAUUCCAAUAAUUUAUUACUACAUAAGUUUAAUCAAUUUUAAUAUUUUUCAAAAUGUACAAGUACCAACAUUAUUUUUUUAUAAAUAUUAUCCAAUCAGGUACAAAUAUGUCAUUAAAAUGACAGAUGAUGAUUGAUGGUGCGAUAGAAAAAUAUUUAUAAAAUCAAUUUUUAGAGUUUUUUUUUUUUUUUAUUUUAU